AUGGCACCAAAAAGACGCGCGAACCUACCGAACCUUCGUGAACGACCAUUGGAUGAAGUCUACGAACGCGAUGAGAUUGCACGACUACAACAACAAGUCGAGACGUUAACGCAGCAGUUAGCAGCGUCAAUGGCUCAACAUCAGGAUCCAAAUCCACAAGACGUGGAAGAGGAGUCUGAAGGUGAUGAAAAUCCAUUCGCCCAUCAACCAGUGCAGAGGAGACCAGCGCAUGAUGAGUCAAGGCGCUGGGAGACAGGCCUCAAGGUUGACAUACCAGAGUUCCAUGGUGGUUUGCAAGCGGAUGAGUACCUCGACUGGAUCAAUACAGUAGAUGAAGUUUUAGAGUUUAAACAAGUUCCAGAAGAUAGACGAGUAGCACUGGUUGCAACAAAGCUUAGAGGUCGGGUUGGGGCUUGGUGGCAACAGGUGAAGAAGACAAGGACUCUACAAGGAAAAGGAAAGAUCACGUGCUGGGACAAGAUGAAAAAAAAUAUGCGUUCUGCGUUUCUACCAUACAACUAUACACAGACGCUCUACCAACGGUUACAAAAUCUAAAACAGGGAAACCGUUCAGUUGAUGACUACACUACGGAGUUUUAUCAGUUAGUAUCGCGAGAUGCGAUUGCAGAGGAUGAAGAGUCACUGGUUGCGCGAUAUAUUGGCGGACUGCAGAUUCAAUUCCAAGAUGUCCUGAAUAUCUUUGAUGUAUUGAGCGUGUCGGACGCCCACCAGAGAGCAGUGCAGUUAGAGAAACAACUAGUGCGCAGAAAUACAGGGGGUCUGAACUUUGGAGGUUCUGGUGCAAAUACAAGCAAUAACAGCGGACGAACAGGGAGUAUGAAUUUCGGGGGGACCGGUGCAGGCAGUGCAAGUAGCAGUAGCACACGAAUAGCCAUUCCACCAUCUCCUAUUACCAAGCCUAUUAUGCCUACACACGUAACGACGCCUAACACAGCGGAGAGGUUGUUUUCAGACGUUGAGGAAAUUAACAGGGAACAGGAAGGCGAUGUUGAGGCAGAACCAGUUUAUGAUGAGGAAGAACGUUUAGAGGGGGAUGCUGGACCAAUGUUAAUGAUCCGGCGCAGCUGUUUAGCACCACGCGUGGUAGAGGAUGAUUGGUUGCGCACUAAUGUAUUCCAGUCCACUUGCACAAUUAGUGGAAAAAUCUGUCGGUUCAUUGUUGAUUCAGGUAGCUGUGAAAAUAUAGUGUCCGAGGAGGUGGUCCGUAAGCUACACAUGGCAACAAAAUCACAUCCUCGACCGUAUAAAUUAACAUGGCUAGAUAAGAAGAAUGAUGUUACGGUAUCAAGACGCAGCUUGGUGUCUUUUUCAAUCGGCACAACAUACAAAGAUCAGAUUUGGUGUGAUGUGGUCUCCAUGGACGCCUGUCAUUUAUUAUUGGGCAGACCGUGGUUAUAUGAUCGACAUGUGAUGUAUGAUGGGUUCUUGAAUACAUGCACUUUCAUAUUCAAUUCAAUCAAGGUUGUGUUGUUACCAAAAAAAGAAGUUACAGGCGGCACUCUAACAGGAGAAAACAACAAUUUAUUGACAAUGACUAAGUUUGAAGCAGAAGUCAAAGAAUCUGGAGUUGUCUACGUGCUGAUUGGAAAAAUGGAGGCUGAGAAUGGCAUUAUUCCAAGUUGCGUGGAGCCAUUAUUACAGGAGUUUGGAGAUAUUUUUCCAGCUGAGCUUCCUGAAACCCUACCCCCAUUAAGGGACAUUCAACAUCAAAUUAAUCUGGUCCCUGGUGCCAACUUGCCCAACAGGCCACAUUAUCGGAUGAGUCCUAAGGAGCAUGAAGAGUUACGGCGCCAAGUAGAGGAAUUGCUAACAAAGGGGCAUAUUCGAGAGAGUCUUAGCCCAUGUGCGGUGCCUGCCCUUCUAACCCCAAAAAAAGAUGGAACGUGGAGAAUGUGUGUCGAUAGCAGGGCCAUUAAUAAAAUUACAGUUCGUUACAGGUUUCCAAUCCCGCGGUUAGAUGACUUGCUGGAUCAGUUGAGUGGAGCCACAAUAUUCACGAAGCUGGACUUGAAGAGCGGAUAUCACCAGAUUCGUAUCCGGCCGGGAGAUGAGUGGAAAACGGCCUUCAAAACUCGGGAAGGACUCUUUGAGUGGUUGGUCAUGCCUUUCGGACUGUCUAAUGCCCCAAGCAUAUUCAUGCGAGUGAUGAAUCAAGCCUUGCGGCCUUACAUUGGUAAGAGCGUGGUGGUUUAUUUUGAUGACAUUUUAAUUUAUAGUGUUGAUCCUAGAAUGCACCUACAACAUCUCCGGGAAGUUUUGACCGUGUUACGUAAAGAACAAUUCUUCGCAGCAAAAGGAAAGUGUGUGUUCUUAAGUGACCAGGUCUUGUUUUUGGGAUACAUUGUGUCUUCUAAGGGGCUUUCAGUAGACGAGACAAAAAUUGAAGCAAUCAAACAGUGGCCACAGCCGCAAACCAUGACUGACGUUCGAAGCUUCCACGGGUUGGCAUCAUUCUACCGCCGCUUCAUUCCCCACUUCAGUGGCAUAAUGGCCCCAGUGACUGAUUACUUUUCAAACCCAUUUGAGCUACACUGUGACGCCUCAAAGCUAGGAAUCGGGGCAGUUCUGAGUCAAAAUGGCAGGCCUGUAGCCUUUUUCAGUGAGAAGCUUUCAGGGGCAAAAUUACGGUAUAACACCUAUGAUGUUGAAUUUUAUGCAGUGGUUCAAGCAGUGAGGCAUUGGCGACAUUAUCUGUUUCUUCAGGAGUUCGUCCUAUUUACUGACCAUGAUGCCCUCAAACAUAUGGGGAGUCAAGAUAAGAUUUCAUCUCGUCAUGCAUCUUGGGCUGCGUACUUACAACAAUUCACAUUUGUCAUCAAACACAAGGCUGGUACACUGAACCGGGUGGCUGAUGCCCUCAGUCGUCGAAAAAAUAUGCUGGUUGACAUGCGAGUCAAAAGAACAUUCAGAAUCACCAACAGAGUAACUUUGUCCUCCAUGAUGGAUUCAUCUUCAAAGGCACCCAACUAUGUAUACCUGAGUGUAGUCUCCGAACCAAAAUCAUACAAGAACUGCACAGAGAAGGACAUCUGGGAAGAGACCGAACUUACUUACUGGUGGCUGCGUCCUAUUUCUGGCCAUCCAUGUGGAAGGAGAUUGGUUGUUUUGUUGAACGUUGUAGGGUCUGUCACGUGGCCAAGGGAGGAGCCACCAAUGCCGGUUUAUACAUGCCACUUUCUGUUCCAGUACGACCAUGGACCGACAUCAGCAUUGUAUCGGUUGCAUGGGCUGUUAGAGUCAAUUGUGUCAGAUAGGGAACACUCGUUUCCUGAGCCAUUUCUGGCGGAGUCUUUGGAAGAUGGUUAA